GCGGAUUUUGCUGAAAACAAAGAGUAUAUCACUGUGUUAGUCUACAAGUCAGGGAGGAAGGUCUACAUACCAACGGAUCCGAAACCGCUUUAUGAGGGCAUACGUAUUAACAGUCCGCAUUUCCUUUGUCAAAUGGUGAUUAAUGAACCAGGUUUACAUAAAUACACCUUGGUUGUUGCUCAGUACGAGAAAAUGAGGACAAUCUAUUACACUCUUCGCGUUUACUCCUCCUCUUCGUUUCACCUGAGUCCUCUUAAAAGCCUUUAUAAUGUUAAGAAAACAGAAACGGGGAAAUGGGAAGGACGCAGCGCUGGAGGAUGUGGGAAUGGUCUCAGUAGAGAGACGUACAAAAACAAUCCUUUGUUUCACAUCAGUUUGGAAGAGAGCAGUGAUGAAAAUCUAAUUCUGAUCGAUCUUAAAGGUCCAAAACAGUAUAGCGUUGGCUUUGAGGUUCUUCAGGUUUCAUCGCCAAGAAAUAUACCAUUCGAAAAGAAGGAUUCAGGAGUUUAUAGGCCUGGGUACACUAUACUUGCAUUGGAAAAAGUUCCUGCUGGUGUGUACAGCAUUCGACCGAUGACGUUUUUGGCUGGGCAAGAAGGUCCGUUCAUUCUUAAAGUGGAGGCAUCAUGCGGCUUCUCGAUGAAGAGGGUUCAGUGA